UGGAGACAUUUCAACAGAGACCCCAAGUCGUCUGACCAUGCCACGUUCGCUCCCGACCAGCACUUACCCGAACAGACAACCACCAGAACCGAACUCGCAGAAUAAGCGACCAGGACAAGCCUGCUUGCUGGCACGUGAAUCAGACCAGCUUCACUGACUGCAAAGUUAGCUGGACUUGUACGGCAUUCUUUUUCUCUCUGAGAAAGAGAAACACCCUUGCGCAAUGAACCUCCCAUAUUCCAGUCUGAUCAUGUACCACCAACUAACACUGGACAUGCAUCAUCAUUACUACCAUAACCCUCGUGUUGUGUGCGAGGGAAGUCGUCUUUUGCCUCAUAGAAGAGAGCCAGACACACCACAGAACCAAAGACAUAAGGCACCGAAACUCGCAUACACACAUAUAUACACACACACACACACUCUCUCUCUCUCUUCUUUUUAUUAUUAUUAUUACUUGACCCAUCGAUGCAAAAACCCCUCCUCACAGCUUACAUCGUCAGACCUACAGGAACACACAGCCGCCAUGCAGCUCCCAGUAGUGUGGCUACAACAAAGGUCCCUUUCCCCUUAUCAUAAAUGCCGAGAACACGAGAUGCACAGCGCCCUUCACGCAAACCGCCCGGCAAUGCAGAGAGACACCCCCGCACCACAUCCACGCCUUGUACCCUGCACACAGCUGCUAUGUCACGGCACGCGUAUGGAAUUCACAACCCCUUUGACCUAAUACCGUAAUCGCCCGAACCUCCACGGAGUCCACCACACCAACUUUGGCGUCUUCUAAGUUUACUCAGUUGCCGGAUUUGGAGGAACACCUCCUUUGGGUUACAGCGCAACAUCCGAACGCCCCGGGGCCACUUACUACAUGACACAUGAG